CGCUUUUCAUCGAUCGCGUCAAGAUGACGAAAGCCCAUAGCCAGAAAAUUUCUCCUAUUGAUCUCCUGCGAUGGCCACAAACAUCACCUUCCACCCUGGCUCCAUUUCUCCGGAAGAGCGAAAGACGUUGCUCAGCCAGAAGGGCGUGACGAUUUGGUUGACGGGGCUGAGCGCCAGUGGCAAGUCAACCAUCGCAUGUGCAUUAGAGCAGCAUCUCCUCCACCUGCACAAGAUCUCUUAUCGCCUCGACGGUGAUAAUGUCCGUUUUGGAUUGAACAGGGAUCUCGGGUUUGACGAAAAGUCGAGGAACGAGAAUAUACGUCGGACAAGCGAGGUUUCCAAACUGUUCGCCGACUCUGCAUCCAUCGCUAUCACUGCCUUCAUCUCGCCGUAUCGUGUAGACCGGGCAUUCGCAAGGGAGAUCCACGAAAAGGCAUCGCUUCCCUUUGUUGAGGUCUUCGUUGAUGCCCCUCUACAUGUGGUCGAGCAGCGGGAUCCAAAGGGGCUGUACAAGAAGGCGCGCGCAGGAGAAAUCAAGGAGUUCACGGGCAUUUCUGCCCCAUACGAGGCUCCAGAGAACCCAGAAAUUCAUAUUGAUACUUCGAUUACAGAUGUUGCAGAGAGCGUUCGGAUAAUCACAGAGUUUUUAACAACUAAAGGCUAUAUAUCCGUAUAGAACAAGACCCCGGUGUACAAGUAGACAAACUCUAUAAAAGCCAGAUAGACAAGAGUUUAUCAUUGUGCUGAUGG